CUCGCUCCCUGUUGCUGUUGUUUCCCCCUCUCUGUGUGUGAGUCAGUGACUAUGGCUUGGUAGUAAGUCAGCCUUGUUGAUGGUAGAUCAACAUUGAGUAUAGUGGUAAACGAUAGAAGUGCUGUGUCAGUGUUAGUCUGCUCUAGUACGAGUUUAUUUGCUUUUUCGAUAUUAAUUCAAAGAUUAGUGAUAGAUUGCUCGGAGCAGCCUCGAUAAGACAGUGUCUCUGUGUAUAAUCCGCUUGAGUAAUGCUUUUUUUUGAAAAAUCUCAAUUAUUUCUGUUGCUUCAAUCGACCUUCUUAUUUUUAUUCUUUCCCUAUCUAUGUAAGUAUUUAUCAGCCCUGCUACUGCGUGUAGUCGUCCCUUCUUGUUUCUUGAUGGACGUAGUAAAUGGAAUAUGAUGAAGAUGAACACUUGGCAAUUAUAUGUAAUUAGUAUAACCCUCAUUUUUCAACAGCUGUUUUACCCACUCUGAGCACGAGAGUCGUCCAUGCAUCUAUGCAGAAGUUUUUGUUGUGACAACUACAGUUGGACUUCUUUGAUCAAACUCCAGACUAUCAGACGAGCGUACAUUUUUUCCGCUGAACAAGUGACGAACCCCCCGGCAAAAUGUCGAAGAGGAAUCCCGACAUUGCGUUGACAAAAUCAGGCACUUCUUUAUCUGUGCCUGAUGUGCAACAAGGAAGUCACAGUCAGAAUGCGGAUCAGGCUACAGCAGAGACAAAGUCCACCAUUAAGGCUAGACCUAGAGUAGAUGACACUCACUAAAUUGUCUGUUUUGUUGACGAGGUAGUAUCCAUGCUCACCAGCGAAGGCGUCCUCCCUGAUCAUUUAGAGCAGGGGAGAACAUCUUCACGGGGAAACUAGGAAGAGCACUUGUUGAGUUUUUGACUCCAGCACAGAUAGUGAGGAGUGUCUAGCGUUAAAACUAGUCCGAGUACCAGCCAAGGCCCGGGAGCACCUACAGCACCCCCUCCAACCCAGAUGACGGUGAAAGACCUGUUGACAGAGAAAGCUGGCAAAGUCGAAGUAGAGGAAGAGAAAGAUGGCCAAGUUCUCGGAGAAGGUGUGCAUCUUCCAUCUUUGAAUAUUUUUGAUCCAGGUCGGUUUCUCGAUGGAAGACCGCCUAAAGAACUACAAGCUGUUCCCGUCAGAGAAGAAGAGGCGCCCUUGCUUCCAAACGUACUGAACUUAGACAAGAGGGAAGCUCCUCCUGAGGUCGCUGAAGGUGAUGCUGCGGCUGUGGUGCCGGAUAUUCACAAAGGAGAUGAACUUUUACCAGUGGAGGGCGUAGUAGGGCGUCGCAUUGGUAUUGGCGCUACGGUCGUAUUUCGACAACGCCGAGCCUUGCGUGUGGAGGCCUAUUGUGGGAGCGGUGCGAGUGCCGAUGUCUACCGGUGUAUAGACGUGACCUCAAACGAGGUAUUUGCGCUAAAAGUUGUCUUCGCCAGAGAUCAGCGCAAUCUCCAGUUUCUGCAAGCGGAGAUCGAGGCACUCCGUCGCUUGAGGGGCUGUCCUUAUGUUGUACAGAUCUAUGAGGACGAGGCAUUUGAAACGGAGCUUGCGAUCCACAUCCUUUUAGAAUUCGCGCAGUAUGACCUGCGAGCGUUUUUAAAAUCAGAAGAAGGACAGAGCCUGUCACUGGUAGCGAUUCAAAGCCUGUGGAUGGAUCUAGUGCAUGGCGUGGCGGCCAUUCACGAAGCAGGACUGGUGCACUUUGACUUGAAGCCUGCGAAUUGUCUGGUCGUGGAUGGUCGUUUGAAGCUGUCGGACUUCGGUCUGGCGAGAACACUGGAUGCUACCAAAACGCACGUUUCGCGGUACGGACAGUGCGGCACGCCGCGUUACAUGGCGCCCGAAGCGUUCUGGCAACCGGAGGAGGGAGUGGGCUCUAUGAAAAUGAGACCGCAAGCUGACAUUUGGUCUCUGGGCAUCGUUCUGUAUGAACUCUUGUACGGACGCGGUCCGUACAGACAUUUCGAGGGCUGUGGACACCGCUUACAGUUCGCGAUAGCCGACUCUCGCGUGCAAAUACGUUAUCUCCAUCAUCGUAAAUACGAAGCGGAAAACGCACAGCUUUUCUUUCACUU